AUGGGUGCGUUGCCGGGCACCCAGCCCGUGACUCGACCGUCGUCGACCUCGACCGGUCAGCCUCGACGGCCGCGCACCCAGCCCCCGUCUCUCAGCCCCAGCACUCGGCUGCCCACGAAACCGUCAUUAGCGGCACGAAAAGCCGCAUCGUCUGCAUCGGCACGAGCGGGUCCUGCCCGGCGUUCCCUCUUAGCACCCUCUCGGCCUACCCCGGCCACACCCAUUCAGGCCAGUCCCCGCCGUUCUAUGCUAGCCACACCGGUUAAGGCCACACCUCGUCGUUCCAUGUUGGCCACACCUACCUUCUCGCGCCCCAAACCCACGGCGGGGCUCACCCCGGCUACGCUAGCGAAAAGUACGCCGGUUAUCAAAUCUCAUCUGUCAGUGGGAAAGUCCCAAUUGCGGCCCCGGGGACUCGGGGCCCAACCUAGCACGCUCACACCCCGAGCCCCACCCCUGACUGGACCCCGUCCCUUGGUGUCCCGGGCUUGGCCAUCCAAGGUGGUCCCAGUGGCCCGGCCCAAACGAAGAAUUUCCGGCUUGCCCAGUCCUCUCCCCUCUUCCGGAAAAAUCCCUAGUUAA